UUCCUUUUGAAAUGAACCCACGAAGAGAGACACUGGACCAUACUGGAUACCUUGGAAAUUCACGAGUUGUGCUUAACCAUUUUGAUGCAUCUACACAAGCGGAUAUUCACCAUAUGGCGCUUACCUACGAGUCUGAAGAUGAAAUAAUGGCUAGAAUCCGGAACAAGGACAAACAGAAGGCGGGCACGCCUCACUACAGCAAACAGGACAUAAGGGAACAAUACUGCAUAUCGGAAAGAGGUCUAGGUGCCUUGGAGUCUGACAGGCAAAGCUUGUUCGGCUGUCUCUCCUCCCAUCAAAGCUCGCCUUGCUCCAACAGGACAUCCUUCCUCACAGCCUGCGUCCGUCAGAAGGUGCCGUCCGACGAAAAUCUGUACGAGUUGUACAAGAGGCAUCCAAACGAGUACGCGCCUUACCCAAAAAGGGCAGCAAGAUACCCAUGGGCUCCAGCUGGUCCAGACAUCUACCGUUACGAUGAGGACCUCAAAAGUUCCUAUUUUAGAAGAAAAGUUCACGUAGACCCUAGCAGAUACACCUGGAUGCCCCCCGAUGACGAGUCGAUAAGGAUGGAAAAACCUAAAUCGAUUCUGGAGCCCACACAUUCUUCUGGAUCGAACCAAACACCUGCACCGAUCAAGAAGCACGUGUCUUUCGCACGUUCUCACACUCUGACCUCCUUCGACGACGCCAUUGUGUCCUUGAACUCGUCCUCUAGCCAUCUGGGAAAGAUGACGAGGAGCCAAGAGCGUCUUCUGGACGUUCGGAAAGCGGAAAUGCAGCCAAUCACCCGACAACCAGAGCCAUCAGAAAGCGUCUUAUUGAUUGAUAAAUUGAAGAGGACACCAAUGAAAUGCCAAGCAACGCAAACCGAUCUAGGUUUAGGCAGAAAACCUAUUGCCGCUGCCAACAUUUCACUAAGUCCAAGGACCAUACAAAGGGUCAGAAUGGUGUCCCAGGGAGCUCAAACAAACGGCUUGGGCUCUAACGGAAGAAGACUGACCAAGUCUUUCUCGGAAGCAGGUAGCAAAUUCCAAGGUAUAGCCACAGAAACAAACGAAUAUUCCAAUUGUGAAACCUCUUCUGAGCACGAGCCUCUGCAAAGGACGCAAUCUGAUGAACCACCAAGAUCUCCUUUCAUCUUGAACCCAUCACCUCCUCCUCUGAUGGACAUCCCUCCACCUCUUCCAAGUUUCAGCGAGACUUCAUCUGUUUCGAAGUCCGACCACGAGUCCGAGGAAUCGGAAACAAAGAAGGAGAUUUUUAUCGAUUUCAAACCACAAAUUUGCUCUGCGGAUCCUAAGUUAACGAAGAGACCCUUAACUAAAGCUAUGUCAGAUGGGGAAAUACUGGUAGAUCAGCUGAAAGAUACGAGCGAAGUCCUCUCGCCAGUCAAACAAGUCACGUCUCUGAGCGAAGAGUACCUGAAGGUCGAAGACGAACCACCCAGAAACUUCGUUCCCUACUUCCAAAAAUCGCCGAUAAGACACGAGGGAAUUUUCAAGAAACUAGACGAUCCAAUAUUUUCUUCCUUGUCCUUCGACGAUCCGAAUGAGCAAGUUCAACCCCAGGAUUCAAUGGAGGAAGAGUUCCAUGAGAACUUGAUCUACAACAAGAUGUACAUCAACCAUCAGGACAGUCUAAACAUAUCUCAAGAGGAGCGGCAGAAGAAAAAAAUCGAUUCUUGUACCCCAGAGGAUGAAUGCGUUGUUCCUUCCAUUUCUCUGGUAUCACGACAGAAAUCCCCUUUCAAUUCGAACGAUUCUCUAGCGAAUGAUAACAGGGAUCAUUCGGAUGGUAUUUGGAACGAAUCGCAGGCAACAGUUCUUCUAGUUGAUUCGGGUACUGAUAACGGGACUGCUGUGAGCUCUUCUGAAAUGGCUUCGCUCACUUCUCCUGGCUCGGUUAAUCUUCUCACACCAUCAUCAAGGAGACGACAUCUUCUACUCUUACAACAUCAGCAACGAUCAUCGUUCGAUACUGAAAACUUGGAUGAAGAAUUCAUCGAACAGGCUCAGUCAGAUAACACUCCGAAAAUUGUCAUUAAUAAGCCAAAAAUCCAACACCAGACAGAGCAGCUCUUGAGACCAAACAAUAUACUCAACUUUAAAGCAUCGCCAUCUUCGUUAUCGUGGAAGAAACGAUCUCCUGAAUCUCCAUCUAAAUCUCCUCAACCUGCUAUCGUUCCAGAUCUUCUACUCGCGAGAACAGACUCUUGUAAGACUAACACUGACGUAUCAGAAAGUACUACUACCGACGACUAUAUCACUGCCAACUCAGGGACUGAUAGUUCGAAAAAAAGCGGUUCCACAAGUAGGGGAAACGGUAUUUACUCAUCAGUUCGUCACAUUCAUCCAGCAUUCGAAGAGAGUUCGUUUGAAAGCACCAAGGGAGACUUCCUCGACGACAUGGUGGUCCCGUCGGUGCUGCCAUCAAUGACAGAUGAACCGAAAUCUCAUCAUCGUAGCUCAUCAAAUACUCCAGUGCCUCAAGAAUCUAGAACUGGCCGUUCGACUCCGUCCGAUUCAAGCUCCUCUUGCGGAAGCUACAGCAUAAACGGUUCCUGUCCAGACCUACUAGAGAGAUCCACAGUGCCUUCGAAACCGUCAGAGGAUGAGCGGUUCAAGAAAUAUCCGACUUCGAGAUGCUACGAUUCGCCUCACGAAGAUGAUCAUUCUCGACAAUCCCUUUCCAAUGAGACUGCAACAGAACCCCAUCAUAAAAAGAGACCGUACGUUUUAGAAAUCACCAAACACCAAGAGCCGCAAAGACUUUCACCCAGUGAAAAAUACAAAAACUCGAAGAAAGAUGUUAGAAUAUCACCCUCAAGAGAUCAUCACAAAACGUCGGAUAAACCUAAGAGAACGAAGAUGAGAAACAGGAGUCCCAUGCAGAACCAUAAGAAGGCCCAACAAAAAAAAUCCCAUUACUUGAGAACAGAUGCGAUUGAUGAGGACAGGUUCAAGACUUGUAGGGAAGAGAGAAAAGCAACCUCAGACGAAUCCAGUUGUGACUUCGGCGUAGGAAAAUAUAUAAUUUCCCAAACCUCGCCGAGAAAAUCGAAAAAGGGGAAGGAUAGUAAUAGAAGGAAAUCCUUGCCGAGAUCUCCGAUAGUUCAGCCGGUUAGGAAAGGGUCUGACGAGAAAUCUGUAAGUCUGCCUGGAAGCUUACAGAGGAGAAAGUCGUCGAAAUCCAAAGGGCUUCUACCAGGAGACGCAAACACAACGAACGCAAACAGUCCAACUGGGUCUCCCAACUCCAAGAGUUCGAAAAGCCGCAGCCCGCAAUCCAGGAGUCCAGAGAAUACUAAACUGAAGGCUCUCAGUGCGGAAUCUCUCAGAUCUGUCAGUCCUGGAAGCGACAGCGUGUUCUACAGCGAUCCUAGUAGUCACGCAGCUGACCAUCAGGUGCAUUGUUUACAUUGCGGCAAAGAGGUGGACAUAAUCACUACUACAGACAUCGACAAGAGCAGCAACAGCAGCCAACACGAUAUUGUUCAACCACCGGCAGGUUUUGAGGAUUCCCCGAAACAAAAGCACCCCAGCGGAAGAAUAUACAAAAAACUCAACAGAAGGAUAAGAUCGGAAGAACGUACGCUGGCGGAUCAAAGGAAACAUAGAUACAAACCUGACGUGAGAGCUAAAUCAGAAGAAAGAGAUGUUAAUAUAGUUUACAACAAGAAACUGAGACCUAUGGAUAGAUCAACGACGAAUAGCCAGGAGAUACUGAGGACAACAGACUCCAGUCCUAGUGUCCUACCAGGAGCUCCGGACGAGGAAGAUGAUUGUGGUAUAUACGAUGUGCCUUAUACUGAAGGUUUUUGGAUAUGUUUGGAUGAAAGAGAGAUGCAGUCGAAAGUUACCUCUCCAGUUGAUCAAAUGAGACGAAGUUCUGUAUCUAGUACGGAAUCUGAGCAGGAGUUCAAAAAACGCUAUCAAUCGGUUAUACAUCGAAUGGUCCAUCGAAAAUCAUGUCUGGAGAUGUACAAGAGGCAGACAAGCAGAUCUUUCGAGAAUGGUUUUACCGCCGAUUCCGAAGAUGACCACAAUCAUCUUCGGCACAAAUUGGAAGAAAUACUGAAACUCAUGUUAGUGAUUUGGUGCAAGGAAAAUCAGGCCUUGAACGUGAUCACUGCCGAGCGAAACGAGAGCGACAAAACAGUAGUGGUACAAAGACAGUCAGGAGAAUUUGGAUUCCGGAUACACGGAUCAAAACCAGUAGUCGUAUCCGCCAUAGAACCUGGCACACCAGCAGAAACAUCGGGGUUAGAAGUAGGAGACAUAGUUUUAGCUGUUAAUGGCGUCAGUGUUAUAGAUAAAAGUCAUUCCGAAGUUGUCAAAAUCGCACAUGCUGGUAGCGAUACCCUAACCCUAGAGGUUGCUAGAACAUGCUACGCCGUCAACCCAGCACAAGAUGUACAUUCCACUCCUGCCCUCUACAGUGGUUAUCUCUGGAAAUUGAGUGGGUACGCCAGUGGUAUACCUUCUAACAAAUGGAUACGACGAUGGUUUGUCCUGAGACAAAAUAAUUGCCUGUAUUACUAUAAGACUGAUUCUGAUAAACAGCCAGUUGGGGCGAUGAUGCUCUACGACCACGAAGUUCGAAAGCUGGAAGACAACGAAGGAGGUCUAUCAAAACCACACAGAUUCAGCAUACAGAGGCCGGACUCAGUGCCCCUGCACCUUUCGGCCGACAAUAGAGAGGCCCAAGCGAGGUGGAUGGAGGUCAUAUCCAAGGCUAUAGCAGACAGUCAGAUCGUAGACGAAUUCCUGGAGGAAACCAAGAGAAAUUUGGUGCUUGCACCCUGUUCUAUCACGAAUCCUGACUGCUUCGGCUAUUUGGUCAAACUUGGUAACCAGUGGAAGAGCUGGAGUAGGAGAUAUUGCGUGUUGAAGGAUGCUUGCCUCUAUUUCUAUUCCGAUGCUAGCUCCAAGAACGCUUUUGGUGUGGCCUACCUGCAUGGAUAUAGAGUGCAACAAUCGUUACCUGGCAGUAAAAAGCAUGCUUUUGAAAUAAUUCCUCCGGAUCCUGACAGGAAACACUAUUUCUUCCACACAGAAUCUGAUGCUGACAGAAGAAGAUGGAUAGCUGCGCUGGAAUAUUCGAUAGACAGAUGGCUGAAAAUAAACUAGGGACCUUUUUCAAUAUUCGCCAAACAUUUGAUACAGAAGAAAUAUGUAAAUUUUUUAUUCGACGUGAGAGAAUAUAGGUAAUAAAUGAAGA